CCCGCGAGCGUCUGGAGGAAACCGAAGCCCAGAAGCAGGAGCGCCUCGACAAGAUGAAGGGCGCCGUCCGGACCCUGCUCGAAUGCAUCGGCGAGGACCCGGACCGCGAAGGUCUCCUCGCCACGCCCGAGCGCUACGCCAAGGCCAUGCUCUUCCUGACCAAGGGCUACCAGGAGAACGUGCGCGACAUUGUCAACGGGGCCAUCUUCCAGGAGGGCCACAACGAGAUGGUGAUUGUCAAGGACAUUGAGGUCUUUUCCAUGUGCGAGCACCACCUGGUCCCCUUCACGGGCAAGAUGCAUAUCGGGUACAUCCCCAGCAACGCAGUGAUUGGCAUCAGCAAGCUGCCGCGGAUUGCGGAGCUGUUUGCGCGCCGGCUGCAGAUCCAGGAGCGGUUGACCAAGGAGGUGGCGAAUGCCAUUAUGGAAAUCCUCAAGCCGCAGGGUGUCGCGGUCGUCAUGGAGAGCAGCCAUUUGUGCAUGGUCAUGAGAGGCGUCCAGAAGACGACGAGCAGUACCAUUACCAGCUGUGUGUUGGGGUGCUUUGAGUCGAGGGAGAAGACGAGGCUCGAGUUCUUGAGCUUGAUUGGUGUCAACCGUUAAGCUUGCUUUCCUAGAGAGCAGGUCGUGCUUCAUUCGGAUAUACCACCGUUAGUCGAGCGCGGCCUUGUUCUAGCUGGGGAUACUGGUAUCAACAAAAGAGAAAGGAAAAGGGAAAAAGGGAAAAAGGAGGAGGAAAAGUACAAAAAGGGAACUGGAUCUUUACAUACACACACAGGGAGGAUCUGCCUCAACGGCAUGCCAAUUUCUUCACAUAUUUCUUUCAAGCAUGCAAACAUGUUGCAUCAAUCUGGCGUUCAAGGGGGCUUCAACCGGGCAAAUUCAUAUAACAGCGAGGAUCUCAACAUCAAGGCGGGGGGCGGCGAGAAAUCUACUUCUUCAGAAAAUAACAGUAUGGCAUGUUUGUCUAUAUAAUCUCUCUUUAUAUCCCCUUUUGGCGUUCGCUAUGUUGCUUGCUUUCAACAUUAAUGCAUCAACAUUCCUCUCG